CCCUGAAAAUAUCUCAUCCUUCACCAAUCAAAUGUCUUCUUCUCUACCUUUGAGGUGGAAAAUUAAAAUUUUAAUAUAUUCCUUUAGCUUUCUCCUUUUCUCCUUCUUCUCUCUGAGUUUUUGUUUGAUAUAUCCUCUCCAUUUUCCUUGUUGAUUCAUCAACUAGAUCUAAUUCUCACAAAGAGACUUAGAUUUUCUUUCUUUCAAAUCCUUCAAAAACUAGGGUUUUUACUGUCUUCAAGUCAUAUUUAUUCUUCUAAAUUUAGCAAAAAGAACACGAUUUACUUUCCAUUUCAGUCGUCUUGUCACACUCUCUCUUCUUUAAAGUCUCCCUUUUUAGCAAAAAAAUCUCUCUCUCACAAAUUUUCCUCUGGGUUCUUCUUCCUCCUCUCUUUACUUUCUCAUAUAUAUCUCUCAUUCUUGAAUCUUGAUCCAUCAAAAUCAAAUCCCGUUCGAAACCUAAGCUCUCUUCUUGCUUCUAGGGUUUUUUCUUGUUGUAAUGGCGAGAGAAAAGAUUCAGAUCAGGAAGAUCGACAACGCGACGGCGAGACAAGUGACGUUUUCGAAACGAAGAAGAGGCCUUUUCAAGAAAGCUGAAGAGCUCUCCGUUCUCUGCGACGCCGAUGUUGCUCUCAUCAUCUUCUCUUCCACCGGAAAACUCUUCGAGUUCUGUAGCUCCAGCAUGAAGGAAGUCCUAGAGAGGCAUAACUUGCAGUCAAAGAAUUUGGAGAAGCUUGAUCAGCCAUCUCUUGAGUUACAGCUGGUUGAGAACAGUGAUCACGCCCGAAUGAGUAAAGAAAUUGCGGACAAGAGCCACCGACUAAGGCAAAUGAGAGGAGAGGAACUUCAAGGACUUGACAUUGAAGGGCUGCAACAGCUAGAGAAGGCCCUUGAAACUGGUUUGACGCGUGUGAUUGAAACAAAGAGUGACAAGAUUAUGAAUGAGAUCAGCGAACUUCAGAAAAAGGGAAUGCAAUUGAUGGAUGAGAACAAGCGGUUGAGGCAGCAAGGAACGCAACUAACGGAAGAGAACGAGCGACUUGGCAUGCAAAUAUGCAAUAAUGUGCAUGAAUACGGUGGUAUCGCUGAAUCGGAGAACGCCGCCGUGUACGAGGAAGGACACUCGUCGGAGUCUAUUACUAACGCUGGAAACUCCACCGGAGCACCUGUUGACUCCGAGUGCUCCGAUACUUCCCUUAGGCUCGGCUUACCGUAUGGUGGUUAGAGAUGGGACAAUCCAAAGAAGUUGAUGGAGGGAGGAGAGUAAUGUAAAUCUUUUUUUAACUCGGUAACAACAAGAGACAAUGUCUAAAUAGUAAAAUCUAAAAUGUUUGUUGUAAGUUUCUGUUUGCAGAAGAGGCUUUCCUAUUUUUAUGAUUAUCAGUUUAUCACUAUAUUUGAUAUCUCUUCACUGUAUUUCUGGUUUGUGACGUUUGUCACCAACAAACUGUAUUGACAUGGAAGGUUAGAAAAUGAAGUAUUGUAGAAUUUUGAUUA